AUGGGAUUCAGGACCAGCAGCUGUGAUGAGAGCCUCUUUCUCAAGGGUGAGGGGGAGAAGCUGGUGCUGUUUCUGGUCUAUGUGGACGACAUUCUUCUCUUCAGCAGCAGCAUGAAGGAGAUCCAGAAAGUGCAGCAGCAACUGAUGGAGAACUUCAAGUGCAAGAACCUUGGGGAGGUAAAGUACUACCUCGGGAUGCACGUGGAGAGGGAUCCAGAUCACAGGUGGUUGAAGCUGCACCAGGAGAAGUUCAUCAAGGAGCUGGGGGAGAAGUAUGGGAUUGAGAAUGAGCGCAAGGUUGCAACUCCCCUGCCAGCACAAUUCAAGCUUGUGAAGGCUGCAGAGGAUGAAGGGGUUGAAGCCGAGGAGCAGCAGCAAUUUCAGUCCUUGGUGGGCAGCCUCUUGUACGCAGCAGUUCACACGAGGCCCGAUAUCUCUUUCUCGGUUGGGCAGCUGGCUAGGGUGGUGCAGAAUCCAUCAGAGGAGCAGGUGGAUGCAGCUGAGCGUGUGGUGAAGUACCUGAACUCUCACCCAAGCAUUGGAGUUCAAUAUUCCGCAUCUGCACAGGUGAAGCAGAAAGGGGUGGAGGUGCUGAAAGAGAAGGGGGAGAGGCUUGGAGAAGGCAAGCUAUUUCUCACUUGCUUUACCGAUGCUACGUGGGCUUCUGAGAAGGAGGAUUCCUCAUCUGUGGGAGGAUACAUCUGCGUAGUUGGGGGAGGACCUGUCAGUUGGAGGUCCAAGAAGCAGACGGAGACGGCACUCUCUUCCGUAGAAUCAGAGUACAUGGCGAUGUUCCAUGGGGUGAAGGAGGUGAUUUGGCUGAGGAGGCUGUUAGAGGAGAUUGGCCAGGAGCAGAAAGUUGCUACGCCGCUGUUUUGUGAUAGCAAGGGGGCUCUUGGGAUGGCCAGAAACGCUGUGCUUCAUGGGCUGAACAAGCACAUGCGUAUCAAGUGGCACUGGCUGCGUAAGGAGGUGAAGAGGGGGACGGUGCAUCCGAUCUACAUCAAGACUCACCAGCAGCCAGCAGACUUUCUCACCAAGAGGCUUGCGGAUGAGCCUCAUUGGCGUUGUGUGCGCAUGAGUGGAAUGAGCAUGAACUAG